AAUUGUGGAGGACAAGGUUGUACAACACUGGAGGCUCUUUGUAAAUCACUUGCAAUCUACGUCUAAGGAAGGGAGCAAGUCAUGGAUGAAGAAACAAUACCCAGUGAUAGAACAUUCUGAUGGUCACAGCUGUGGGAUAUUCGUUCUGAUGGCUGCUGAUGCAAUUUUGUCGGAGAAGUCUCCAGGCAUCAUGAGGAACUGUCACGUUGAGAAAAACAGGCUGUAUGUGCUUCAGAGGAUACUACAGUAUGCCAAGGACAAGGGAGAUAUGCAAGGUGGAGGAAAUCACAUGAUGGCAGUUGAUGGACAGGGUAAUGUCACAAACGAAAUUCAAACUGUAACGCUGGAGACAAGAGAUGUACUGGAAAAUAGCUGUACAAUGACAACAGAACAAGGAUGUCCAACUAUUCAUGAAGAGGAUGGACAUGAAACACAUGAAGGACCCGACUGUGCUAUGGCCAGUGAUGAAAAUACAGAGGACUAUCCAUGUUUGGAUCAGCACCUGUUGCAUAAGCAGGAGAUGGCGUGCUUGUUAGUGGUUGCUUUGGCGGAGAAUAACCUGGAGGAGAGGAGGCUAUGGGCAGGGUCUGACACAGUGACUCGCGUGGAAAGAGAAACCUACAAAAAAUAUAUUGUUUGGGCAGUUAAGGCUUUUGACAUCAAUGAAGAAGAAUACACUGAAAAUAUGAUGAAACAUAUUUUAUCCCAAUUGGCGGGAUGCUGUCUCCAUCAUGAAGCAGGCUCAUAUAGAAUAAGAAAUCAUAAAGUAGCAAUAAAGCUAAGAGAAAUACUGCCACGUGAUGUAAGGCAGUUGGUUGAAAGGAUGGAUCUCGAGUUCAUAUAUCGUUAUGUGACAUUUAGAGAUGAUCCAACUGAAGAGGAACAACUAAAUGUGUCUUUCAACCUCGAAUUGAAACAUGAUGAUCUGCAUAUUGUAGCGAAGAGGUUUGCUACAGCUUUACACGGCAGAAAGUUUGCCUUUGUGUGCAUGCAUUCCCUAUUCCAGGUAGAGACAUUUGUUGAUAUGGUUUGGGAGAAAUUGUUGCAUAAUAUGAACAAGGACAGUUCUGUACUGUUGAAAGUAUUGUCAAAUAAUGACAUUGUACAUGGAUAUUCCUUUCUGUUUUGGGCGAGCAUCACAGACAACUCACAUUUGUUGAGGAGAGCAUUGUUCAGUGUUCAUUUGAAUGCAGAGAACAGAAAGGAAGCUUUGUUUGGAAGUUGCUUUGGGAAUAGUUUAGCCAACUUCGAUUACUUGUUUUCCAAUAAAAACUGGAAGUUGGAUAAGUUGUGGAUGACACUACCCAAACUCCCAAGACCUCUCAUCAUUAAACUGCAGUUGGCAGUUGCAGAUGAUCUGAGAGUAAAGUUUGGUAAAUGUUCACUUUUGGACAUUGCCUGCAUGGAAGGCCGCACACCUCUACAUGAUGCAGCCUGUCAGGGACAGAGGGAGGUUGUGGAGGUGUUAUUACAGAACAAGGCAAAUGUGGAUGAGAAACGUCAAGAUGGCAGCACACCUCUACAUGAAGCAGCCUACGAGGGACAUAGAGAGGUUGUGGAUGUGUUAUUACAGAACAAGGCAAAUGUGGAUGAGAAAGAUAAGGAAGGCAGCACACCUCUAAAUGAUGCAGCCUACCAGGGACAUAGGGAGGUUGUGGAUGUGUUAUUACAGAGCAAGGCAAAUGUUGAUGAGAAAGAUAAGGAAGGCCGCACACCUCUACAUCGUGCAGCCUGGCAGGGACAUCGGGUGGUUGUGGAGGUGUUAUUACAGAACAAGGCAAAUGUGGAUGAGAAAGAUAAGGAAGGCCGAACACCUCUACAUGAUGCAGCCUACGAUGGACAUAGAGAGGUUGUGGAGGUGUUAUUACAGAACAAGGCAAAUGUGGAUGAGAAAGAUGAGGAAGGCAGCACACCUCUAAAUCAUGCAGCCUACCGGGGACAUAGGGAGGUUGUGGAUGUGUUAUUACAGAACAAGGCAAAUGUUGAUGAGAAAGAUAAGGAAGGCCGCACACCUCUACAUCGUGCAGCCUGGCAGGGACAUCGGUUGGUUGUGGAGGUGUUAUUACAGAACAAGGCAAAUGUGGAUGAGAAAGAUAAGGAAGGCAGCACACCUCUACAGGAUGCAGCCUACGAUGGACAUAGAGAGGUUGUGGAGGUGUUAUUACAGAACAAGGCAAAUGUGGAUGAAAAAGAUGAGGGAGGCAGCACACCUCUAUAUAAUGCAGCCUGGCAGGGACAUAGGGUGGUUGUGGAGGUGUUGUUACAGAACAAUGCAAAUGUGGAUGCGAAAGAUAAGGAAGGCAGCACACCU